CAAUAAUAAUUUUAGUUGUUAACUUUUCCCGUCCAUUUGAGGUGAUUGUAAACAUUUUGUCUUGGAAAAACUCAAAUGUUUUUUGUUGAUUCUCAAUUUGUAAUUUGGAUAAAACACUGUACAAAAUGGUGCAUAAACUACGCAAUCGUGAUGUCUGUCAAACUUCUCCUCGCCCAAAUCAAAUGCGAAGUAAUUUCGAAAGGAACGUUGUUCAUUCUACUCCCGAUUAUAAGAAAAUACUCAAGCCGAGAAAUGUAAUCAGUCACCGUUCGGUGUUGGUCGACUUGAGUAAUGUGGAGCGGGCUUCCACGGUAAGACUUAACCAGGGAGAAGAAGAACUAUCCAAUAAUGUCUCCACCAUAAUUAAUGAUUUAAACAGCUCAAAACCUAAUAUAAAGCUGCAUAAAUUGAUUGAUGAAUAUAUAUUUUCGCAUACCUUUGGAAAGAGAGGCGGCGUCUCACUGUACGCCAUAAAAAAGUCUUUGAGAGAAGAACAACCGUAUAACUCUAAUAGGACUUCCAGAAACGUUUCACGGUACAUUGCUUUGAGCAUAAAAACUGGUAGAUUUCAACAAAUAACUGGACAGGGCGCGGCUGGAACGUUUCGAUUAAAUCGGAGCAUACAUAAUAACCAUAGAUUGAGAAGACUUCGGAAAGUUUCACUGAUGUCACGUACAAUACAACGGCAAACUUCUAUUAGGCAAGCUAAACAUAAUACGAUACUAUGAUUAGACUUCCUUCCACAAAAUAAUAAUUUAUAUAUGCCAGUACACAUGGCUUUACAAAACAACUAAUAAUAACUUUGUUCACCAAAAUAAUUACUUAUGUUGUUUUACAAGCAUGUGAUUAAAGUUAAUUAAUAACUAACUAAUUAUCAUUACUAUCAUUACUAAAAUAAGGUUUAUAUUUGCGAGAAUAUUGAAAUUUUUAUUUCUUGCUUAACUGAGUUGUUUAUGAAACAAAUAGAUAUUUUGGUGCUAAUUCAAUUCAAAAAUGAACAAAAUUAAAAAUAACAUUCAUGUGAAAA